AUUUUUCUGCGCCGCAAAUAGGGACACGCGCAGUCGUCCUCUCAGCUCCAUACAGGGAAGCAAAAGUGAAACAUUAGACGUCAGGAAGGAGGGCAGCCUAGCAGGCGUGGUGAACUACGGCCCCCAAAGAGUCCGACGUGCUGGAGGGAGAAAGAGAGCCGGUGUAGAACCAACCGAUUAAACCGCUGUUAGAAGAAGGUACAUAAGCACUUCCAGAAGGAUGCCCCAGAAGCGCCGCUCGCAGUCCUGGACGGAGCUCAAGGAGGCUGGGAACGGGUGCUUUAAGAGCGGCCAGUACGGCGAAGCGGCGGCGCUCUACAGCCAGGCCAUCGCGCUUCUCGAAAAAUCCGGUAAGAAGAAUGAUGAAGCUCUAAGUAUUCUGUACUCAAACCGAGCUGCUAGUUACCUGAAAGAUGGGAACUGUACUGAGUGUGUAAAGGACUGCACAACCUCUCUUGACCUGGUUCCCUUUGGAAUUAAAGCCCUUUUGAGGCGUGCAGCAGCAUAUGAGGCAAUGGAAAGAUAUAGACUGGCUUAUGUAGAUUAUAAGACAGUCUUGCAGAUAGACUGCAACAUACCUGCGGCUCAUGAUGGAACAAACAGAAUGACCAAGGCUCUGACUGACCAGGAUGGCUUGGCCUGGAGAGAGAAGCUGCCACCGAUUCCCACAGUGCCACUGGCUGUUCGUGAGAAAGCAUCACAAACAGCCACCUCCAUCCCACCUGCCCAGCAGAAUGGAACAAACCAGAGAGAGAGAGCUAGAGAUGAUUCUUCAAAGAGAGCACUUUCCUUGAAAGAAGAGGGCAAUGCACUGGUGAAAAAAGGAGAACAUAAAAAAGCUAUAGAAAAAUAUACUCAGAGCCUCAAACUAAAUCCUACGGAAGUCACAACUUACACAAAUAGGGCGCUGUGUUACCUGUCUCUGAAAAUGUACAAAGAGGCAGUCCAAGAUUGUGUAGAAGCUCUGCGGCUUGACUCUUCUAAUGUUAAAGCCCUGUACCGACGAGCCCAAGCACACAAGGAACUAAAAGACUACAAAGCUUGUGUAGAUGACCUUAACGCCCUGUUGAAAAUUGAACCAAAGAACACAGCUGCUCAAAAGUUAAAGCUAGAAGUGCAAAAGAUUAAGUGACCUUUUCAUGUUAAUAUCUCCAGGCACAAAGUUUUUAUUCAAACUAUGUGUACAUUUAAGUGCCCUUGUUUGCUGAAAAUUAUGUGGCCUGUAAUGUAAAGUUUUUCAGUUUGUCCUUCAACUGUACAUUGUUAGUUUGAACAUUUUAGAAUACAUUCAUACAUUUUUACAAUAUAAACUCAAUCUUUCCUCAAUGCUGAUGUCUAUGCACUGAAAAUUGAGAAAAAUAUUUACAAUGGCACUGACAGGAAAAAUAAAGGAUUGUGAAUUUUAUUUUAGUGUUAUGUGGGGAUUUGGAAAAAACUUUUGUACAAUACAUAUCUAAUUCUUUUGAAUUGUGUAAUUAAAAUCUUUAAUGUCUGGAAUUUUAACUUUGGACCCACUUAUGACAAAUCAGUUUGAGAUUGUUUGUUUAUGUUUAAUAGCCUAGCAAUGAAUAGUUUUGUGUAUACAGUAUUUUUAGUAUUUCAAAAUGUUUUUCUUGUAUAUCUUCCAGAUGUGUACUGUCUUCCCUAGGGAAAAAAAGCAUUCAUACACCAAUUUAAAGGAGAUUUUAUGGCAUUUAUGCAAAGUACAGGGAGUAAAAGCAUAUAAGUACACAGAGUGGCUUGCACUGGUAAAUUUAAAUCCAGAGUUUUUAUGUUUUCGAAUAUAACAAAUUGGUAAAUUGUCUGUGGUGUACCUUGCAUUGCCCCCUAUGGUUCUGGAAUAGGUUCCAGACCAUUGUCAUCCUGCAUAGGUGGUUGUUUUAAAUGGUGGAGGAGGGGGGUGGGGGUGAUUGGAUGAUAGGUAAUUGAACUGAAACUAAAAUGUAUAACAGCAUAUUGCCUUAUUUGAUACAAAUUAAAGGAUAGAUUCUUUUAAUCAUCUCAGGAUUUGCACAUACAAAUAGACUUUCAAAUAUUUUAUCUUUCUGUCCUUUUGAAAAUCAUCUGAGACUUAAGUACUACAGUACCAUGCUUCCUGUCUAAAAAUCUGUCCUGUCCCAUGUAUGCAAAGAUCUCUAAAACAAAAGUAUUGAUAUUCAGUAAUGACUAAGCUUCCAUCUUGGAUUCCACACAUGUGAAAUAUGAUACUGUUUUUAAUUAAUUAGGAUGUGCAGCAAGGUGUGGUGACAAAUGUUUCAUUGUAAUUCCUGCUUCCUUUCAAUCCUUGGCUAAAUUACUCUGAAUUGGCUCAGUAAAUUACUCAGUCACUUUCAUUAUCCACUUGUCGUAGUAAGGGAUGAGGCAGUCUGGAGCUUGAGCACAAGACUAGGAAGUACAUCUCUAACGGGACGCUAGUCCAUCACAAGGUAGCUUCAGUAAAGUAACUAAACUUAAAAUCUUGACUGUUUAUGUUUCUGUUUAGCAUUGGACAAAACUGAUGAAAUAACGCAUCAUUCCAAUUUGAAUAAGAUGCUUUAGUAAUCUAAAUAAAAGUUUUGGAUUGUGAUUUGGUGGUAAAGCUGAUUUGUUCCAAACUUCCAGUCGCAGUUGUGCUGAGUUUGUGUGAAUGAUGCAUGUUUUAUAGUAAUUAAUUGUUGUUAAUGUAACAGAAGGAAGCUGGAAGCAAAUAGGGGAUUAAAAUAUUCAGAUGGAAAUUACAUUUUUCAUUAGUUAUGUCAAUAUAGUUACAUAUUUCAUUAUGCUGCUUAGCAUUAAACAUUGCUUUCAUUGAUUAUGUUAAAGGAAGGGAGUUUUAGAAAAUGAUAUAAAUAUAUACUUCAGGGAAUCUUGUAGCUGGACUAGCAUCACUGAACAGCAGCUAUACUUGGAACACAGUAGUUUUCAGUUAUUAAAUGGUUAAAAAAGCAAUAUGUGAAAUAAUGCUUAAAUUAAGUCCCUUACAUUAAGAUUUCUUACAAGAGUGACUCAACUGUCUCCUUUCUUGAGAUCAUCCAGUAUUCUUAAAUGUUACUAGAUACUAGGUAAGGUGUAAAAAAAAAAAAAUAUAUUUUCUAAAAUUUUCCAUUUUUGUCAGUUAACUUGCAUCUUAACAAGGGUGUAACAACUUGCCGUGUUAUGAUGGGCCAAACAAUACGAGCAAUAGUAUUUAAAGGACUUCCACUGACAUAGUAUUCUGAAAUAUGCUGUUUUAAUCUAUUGAUAUAUAAAUCUGCAAUAUGUCUGAAUUUUGCUGUAGUGGUAAAUAUUUAUUGAACUUGCCUACUUUUCUAGACUACUUGCUUCUUGAGUUGUCUGCUUCAUAACCUAGUUCUCAAGACUCAAAGAAGGGAUUUUGCACUGAAGAGUCUGCUUAAUUCAAUAAACUGGAGAGCAAGAAGAAACAUUACUUAUUGGAAGGGAUCCCUUGUGACUAUUUUCCUGAACACUUUAUGGUUCCUUUGUUAAAGCUCAACAAAAUAAAGCAAAUAAGAUCUCCUUGAAAGUGCUACAGUACAUACAAGCAAUUAGGUUUAGUGGUGAAAACAAUGCGACUCCUUACAUGAAAAAUAAAACAGGAAAAUCUGGAACUGAUAA